ACAUAAAAUGGCGUACGUUGCUUGGUCCGAUUGACCGACGAGUCGAUUCAUCCAUGCUUUUCUGCUACGUUCCGCUUCUUUUAAGUCAUAAAAUCGAAUUCCUGCACGCUAACGAGCCGACGAUCUGUCCCGACAUCGGAUAGAUAAGAAACAAACAUGAAUUCGUUGCGAUUAAAGCAGAGAGGACAAACUUUUAAAACUUAUGUUGAUCUCGGUUUGCAGCAAAAAGAAGAUCCGGAGUUCUCGUCCAAUUUAUCGUCAGAUGAAAUUUCAUGCAAAAGAGCCAUGCCAAAUUUAUUGAAUGGAGAGAUGGUCAUAGCGCAAGCAGAAAAUGUCCUCAAAUUUAAUAUAAUGAGUGAGUUAAAAACGGGUAUUUCUGGAGAAUUAAUCUGUACUACAUUUAAGUUAAGUUUUGUUACUCCAGAAGAUAUUCCUUUGAAUCAGGUAAAAUUAAUUUAUUUUUAAAAAUGA